CUAUUUAUUUCAAGCAUACGGCAAGUCAUGUGACUUUUUCCACCAGAAAAGUUUUCGUCCACAAUUCCACAAGUUCCACAAAUAAUUAUUUUUUAAAGAAUUUUACCUAAAGAACAUGAUCAUUUCUCAAUAAAAAGAGAUCAUAAAUUAUGUACAUGUAACUUGAAAUAGUUACGAUUAAAUUUUCUUCUACUUAUAUGAAUUCACGAUUUGUCGAUUGUGUUGAUACAAUACGCAAUGUAGAUUUGUGUUUGUAUAUGUGUUCGUAUUUUACAGUACAAUAUUAAAUAAUUAGUUAUUGAACGUAAAAUUUUCGAGUAUUUAUAAAGAAUUUUAAACAAACAAAAUGCAGUCAAUAAAACAAUGUUUACGUUUUACGUUAAGUAACACGUUCGGUUUAAAUAAUUCAAAUUGUUCGUCUAAUAUACUGAAAUCAUUGUAUAUGGUUCCAUCUUCAAACAUACAUGGAUCUUCUGCCUUACACGUAGAAGAAAAAAAAACUUUCCUUCAAUAUAAUAAAGUCAUUUAUCCUCCGCAAAAACCUGGCGAAGAAAGAAGACCUGGUUAUGUAUGUCAUGUGAAAAAAAAUAUAAAAUAUAGUCCAGACAAAAUGUGGUACGUUGCUUGUUUGGUAAGAGGUAUGACUGUGGAUGAAGCUGUUAAACAAUUAAGUUUUUUAAAGAAAAAGGGUGCAGCUAUUGCAAAAGAAGUUAUAUUAGAAGCACAACAUAUGGCUGUAGAAGAACAUAAUAUCGAAUUUAAGAGUAACUUAUGGGUUGCUGAAUCUUUCGUGGGAAAGGGUAUAGUAAUAAAAGGAAUACGUCGUCAUGCCAGAGCCCGACCAGGGGAAGUGCGUUAUAAGUAUACUCAUUACUUUGUACGAUUAGAAGAAGGAAAACCACCUGAAAAUUAUUAUGCACCUCCUGCUAAAAAUGGCGGAGAUCUAUUUGGAGACUGGAUGGCUAAAAUGCGGCGUCGCAAAGUGUUCAAUUCUCUGUAAUCUAUAUGUAUAAAAAUAAACUAAUUACUGUAUUA